GCAGAUUGAGAGUCUACAUUGACAGUAGAUCAGGAUGGGCAGGACUCUGCUGUGGCUUUUGGCCUCUUCGGCCUUCUGCUCCCUCAUUUCUCUGACUGAUGGGUCUCCUUUACAGGUGAUGUCUUCUCCCAACUUGCUGCGGGUCGGAACACUAGAGAAGGUCUUUGUGGAAUGUCAAGACUGCAGUGGCGCAGACAUCAGCGUCACAAUUAAUGUGAUGAACCAUCCAACCAAAAACAAAAGACUGGCUACAACAACAGUGACCCUGAAGAGUACAGAGGACUUCCAGGGGUUUGGAAACAUUAUGGUCCCUGCUGCAGACUUCAGUAAGGAUCCCAGCGAGAAGCAGUAUGUGUACCUGCAGGCUGCGUUCCCAGACCGACAGCUGGAGAAGGUGGUUUUAGUCUCCUUCCAAUCCGGUUACAUUUUCAUCCAAACAGACAAGACCCUCUACACCCCCAACAGCAUAAUAUACUACAGGAUGUUUGCAGUGACGCCUCGCAUGGAGCCUGUGGAGAGAGAUGACCAAAGAGACACAGAUACUUCGAUUGACAUUGAAUUUGUGACACCUGAAGGCAUCAUUUUACCUCUUGAUCCCGUUUCUCUGAAAUCAGGAAUCCAUUCUGGAGAUUACCAACUUGGAGAAAUUGUCAGCUCUGGACAGUGGAAGGUGGUGGCCAAAUUCCACAGCAACCCACAGGAGAGUUACAGUGCGGUGUUUGAAGUCAAAGAGUAUGUGCUGCCCAGUUUUGAGAUUAAAGUGAUACCCAUCACACCCUUCUUCUAUGUGGACAGCCCAGAUCUCACCAUCAACAUCAAAGCCACGUAUCUCUUUGGUGAGGAGGUGGAUGGGAUGGCCCAUGUGGUGUUUGGAGUUGUUCAUGGAACCGAGAAAAAGAGCUUUCCUGCUUCACUUCAGCGAGUAGAGGUUGUCAAAGGAAAGGCAGCUGUCACACUGAAGAGAGAGCAAAUCACACAGACCUUCAACAACAUUGUCGACCUGGUGGGGAGUGCAAUAUUCGUCCAUGUUGGUGUGCUGACUGAAAGUGGUAGCGAAAUGGUGGAGGCAGAGUUGAGAGGAAUCAUGAUUGUCACAUCACCGUACACCAUCCACUUCAAGAAAACACCCAAAUAUUUCAAACCAGGGAUGUCCUUUGAUGUUACGGUUGAAGUUUUAAAUCCUGAUGACACUCCAGCACAAGGUAUUCCAGUCGUGAUGAUGACCGGGGAGAAUGUGGUUCAAGGGCAGGGUGUAACUGGACCCAAUGGAAUGGCCAAAGUUACCAUCAAUACAAGAUCAGUGGACAACGCUCUUGAAAUUAAAGCAAAAACCAGUCAUCCUGAUCUUCCACCUGUAAGGCAAGCCUCUGCCAUCAUGACAGCUCACCCAUAUACUACCAAAAGCAACAACUACAUCCACAUUGGUGUGGAUGCAGCUGAGGUGGAAUUGGGAAACAACUUGAAAAUAAACCUCAACCUCAACAGGCAGUCAAAUCAGCAACAUGAUAUCACAUACCUGAUUCUGAGCAGAGGUCAGCUGGUGAAACAUGGCCGUUAUAAAGCACAAGGCCAAGUCUUGAUUUCAUUCACACAGACAGUUACCAAUGACAUGCUUCCAUCAUUCCGCAUCGUCGCCUAUUACCAUCCAAAUGCCAAUGAAGUUGUAUCAGACUCUAUCUGGGUUGACGUCAAGGACACCUGCAUGGGCGUAUUGAAGUUGGAACCAACCAGAGCUGUCCCAUCCUAUGAACCUCGCAAAAUGUUUGGUCUAAAAGUGACAGGAACCCCAGGUGCUAUAGUGGGACUGGUGGCUGUUGACAAAGGGGUCUACGUCCUAAAUAACAAGCAUCGCCUCACCCAGAAAAAGGUGUGGGAUGUAGUGGAGAAGUAUGACACAGGCUGCACACCAGGUGGAGGAAAAGACAGCUUGAGUGUGUUUUAUGAUGCUGGGCUUGUGUUUGAGACCAACACUGCAGCUGGGACUCCCUACAGACAAGAUUUGAAGUGUCCAGUCCCCAGCAGAAAGAAACGAGCCACCACUCUGUUGGACAUCAGAACCACUCUUGCAAGUCAGUUUAAAGAUCUGGAACGUGAAUGCUGCUUGGAAGGAAUCAAUGAAUCUCCCUUGUCAUAUGACUGUGAGACUCGCAGCGAGUACAUCAGUGACGGUGCAGCCUGCGUUGAUGCUUUUCUGCACUGCUGCAAGAAAAUAGAAAGUCAGCGAGCUGAGAUGAAGCAGGAUAGUCUCAUACUUGCUCGCAGUGAGGAGGACGACAGUUACAUGGAUAGUAAUGAGAUAGUUUCUCGCACCAAAUUCCCUGAAAGUUGGCUGUGGUCUGAUAUCGAGCUGCCUCCUUGCGCUCAUGUAAAUCCUAACUGUCACACAACUUCGAAGGAGAAAGUUAUCCCCUUGCAAGACUCAAUUACAACUUGGCAGUUCACUGGAAUUAGCUUGUCAAAAACUCAUGGUAUCUGUGUUGCUGAUCCACUAGAGGUAAUUGUUCGGAAGGAAUUCUUCAUUGAUCUCAAACUACCCUACUCUGCUGUGCGUGGAGAGCAGGUGGAAGUGAAGGCAGUACUUCACAAUUAUAGCCCCGAACCUGUUACUGUGCGAGUGGAUCUCUUGGAGAAGGACCAUGUGUGCAGUUCAGCAUCUAAGCGUGGGAAGUAUCGUCAGGAAGUUAAAGUUGGGGCCCAAACUACACGAUCUGUACCCUUCGUCGUCAUUCCCAUGAAGGAAGGACAAUUCCCUAUUGAGGUUAAAGCAGCUGUUAAAGACUCUUCUCUCCAUGACGGAAUCAUGAAGAUGCUUCUGGUGGUGUCUGAAGGUGUAUUAAUAAAAUCUCCAACAGUUGUCAUCCUUAACCCUAAAGGUGGUAAACAAGAGGAAAUUAUCAACAGUGCAAUUCCGAAGAAAGAUAUGGUCCCAAACUCACCAACCAGCACACAGAUCUCUGUGACAGGAAGAGAGCAGGUGAGUGCACUGGUGGAAAAUGCCAUUAGUGGAACAUCAAUGGGUAGUCUGAUCAUCCAACCUGCAGGAUGUGGAGAGCAGAACAUGAUACGCAUGACCUUACCUGUCAUCGCAACCAUAUAUUUGGACAAAACCAAUCAGUGGGGAACUGUGGGAUUUCAAAAACGCAACGAAGCUCUUCAACAUAUACAGACUGGCUACCGCAAUGAACUUGGCUACCGUAAAACUGAUGGCUCUUUUGCUGCUUUCCCCCAACGCCAAGCCAGUACUUGGCUGACUGCAUAUGUUGCCAAAGUAUUUGCUAUGGCCAAUAGUUUAAUAGGAAUUGAAAGACAUGUGAUAUGUGAUGCUGUCAAGUAUCUGAUUUUGAAUGCGCAGAAACCAGAUGGCUUGUUUAGUGAACAUGGACCUGUGAUUCAUGGAGAGAUGAUUGGGGAUGUGCUUGGCUUAGAUUCGGAUGCCUCUAUGACUGCCUUCUGCCUUAUUGCUAUGCAAGAGGCUCGCACUCUAUGUGCUGAAAGUGUUAAUAGUCUACCAGGCUCCAUAGAUAAAGCUGUGUCCUACCUGGAAAGACGCCAGCAUAACCUUAAUAAUCCGUACGCCGCUGCAGUGACAUCAUAUGCUCUGGCCAAUGAAAACAAACUGAACCAGGAUGUCCUCAAGAAGUUCAUUUCUCCAGAUUUAAGCCAUUGGCCUGUGCGUGGAAGACAUGAUUUUACAAUGGAGGCAACAGCUUAUGCUCUUCUGGCUCUGGUCAAAGUCAAGGCUUUUGAGGAUGCCAGACCUGUUGUCAGAUGGUUCAACAAACAGCAGAAGGUGGGCGGAGGAUAUGGCUCAACACAGGCUACCAUAAUGGUGUACCAGGCCGUAGCUGAAUACUGGGUCAGUGCCAAGGAAAUCGAUUACAAUCUCAAUGUGGACCUCUUGUUACCAGGCAGAUCAAAUCCUGAGAAGUUUAACUUCAACAAGCAAACCCAGUUUACCACAAGAACAUCAAAGAUAAAUGACAUAAACCAGAAUGUGACAGUUACUGCCACUGGCUCAGGGGAAGCAACGCUCACAAUGGUCUCACUGUAUUACGCUCUGCCAAAAGAGAAGGAGAGUGACUGUCAGAAGUUUAACAUGUCUGUGGAGCUCCUUCAAGAGAAAAUGGAUGAAAACGAGAAGGUUUACAAACUGAAAAUUGAGGUUUUGUACAAGGAUAAGGAGCGAGAUGCAACCAUGUCAAUUUUGGAUAUUGGCUUGCUAACUGGAUUCACUGUUAAUACAAAUGACCUGGACUUAUUGUCCAAAGGACGGAGCCGCACCAUCGCAAGAUAUGAGAUGAACACAGCCCUGUCAGAAAGGGGCUCACUCAUCAUCUACUUGGAAAAAGUUUCUCACAAGCGGACAGAGGAAAUCGCGUUUAGGAUCCACCAGAAGCUGAAAGUGGGGGUCUUACAACCAGCUGCUGUGUCUGUUUAUGAAUACUAUGACAAGACACACUGUGUGAAAUUCUACCAUCCAGAAAGGCAGCAUGGAAAGCUUAUGAGACUGUGCAGAGGGACUGAAUGCACAUGUGCUGAAGAGAACUGCAGCUUGCAGAAGAAGGGCAAAAUUAACAACAAUGAACGCAUUACAAAAGCUUGUGAAACCACAGCAACCACCAAAAUAGAUUUUGUGUACAAAGUGGAACUGGAACAUUUUAAACCUGAAAUGUCCACUGACUUUUACACAAUGAGGAUCCUGAACGUCAUCAAAGAAGGAAGUUUUGAUAAAGUUCCAAAGGAUAAACUCAGGGAUUUCCUCAGUUACCCCCACUGCAGAGAGGCUUUAGGACUGGAAACAGGCAAAACCUACCUCGUCAUGGGGGCAGCUAAAGACACUCAUCGAGACGACCAACAUCAAACAUAUCAGUAUGUACUCGGAGAGAGAACAUGGAUUGAGUACUGGCCCACAGAAGCAGAGUGUCAGACUGACGAACACAGGCCGGUCUGUGUGGGCAUAGAGGAACUGGAGACACAGUUUGCAGUCUUUGGAUGUCCAAACUAGUGAAACUCUGUCAAAUAAAC